GCACGUAGGAGGAGGAAAUUCGACUGACAAGAUCUGCGGGAAGGGCUGGCUAGAUAGAGCUCUUCACUUGUGCCCAGGCAAAGAGAGAGGCAGAGACAAAGCCCGGCCCGACUCUGCCUCCCCCAGCUCUAGGAAGGACUUUCCCGCGGCAUCUUCAGUCUUACAUUCCACCUUUGGAGAUUACGCCUUUCCGCCCAGUGCCUCCCCAGCUGGGUACGUGCAGCCCAACCAAAGUUUCACAGUGGUGUGCAGCCAGAAGUCACCCCUCCCCUUCUUUCUUUCUUUCCUUCCUUUUUUUGGGGAGGUUCCUUUUGUCUUCUAUCACACCUCCUCCCCGCUCCUUCCUCUGGGUGGCACGUUCUCAGUUGGACGCCUUAUCUUGUCGGAAUAACCAGAUCCUUGCUAACCUCGUUUGCACCCCCCAGUCUUUUGCUUUUGUCGAGGCACCUACUGUCACAUCUCCACACUCCACUCUACCAUCCCACCCCCAUUUCAGUUUUCCAGGACACGUAUUUUAAGAAAACUCUUGGACUUCCAAAAUGCAUUUGAGAGUCCUGGUCGUUAUAUUUUUGAUAUUUGUGGAGGGAAACAACUCAGAGGAGUGUGUGGAGCGGAGUUUUAUCACUGCACUCGAAGGUGAACCCUUUCAUUUGAAAUGCUGCCUGUCUGCUAGGAGACACCAUAAAAACAAGACUUUCACAUGGACAAAACGAUAUGGAAGAAAUAGCACAAUGAAACUGUCCUCAAAUGAGAACGUCAUUAUUAAUGGUAGUGUUAUAGAAUUUUGGCCAAUUAAAAUGAGUGAUAAUGGAAUAUACUCUUGUAUAGCAGGAAAUGAAAAUAAGUCAUGGACUAUAAGUGUCACUAAAAAAAACAGACACGGUUGUUUUCACCCAAAUCAUUUAAUAACUAUAGAAGCAGAUGUUGGGAAAUCCCUUUCCAUAAACUGUAUUGAUGAUUACUACCAGAAAAAGGACCAUCGUAUAUCUUUAUUUAAGAACUGUUCUCCAAUUCCGGGGAAUUAUAGAUCAUCUAUUCUGAAGAAUGCUGAAUUGAAAGAUGAAGGCAAUUAUACCUGUAUAUUUUUCCUUUCAAAUAAGUAUGGAUCAUUUAAUGUCACUAAAACUUUCCGUGUGAAAGUAAAAGAUAACAUAAGUAGAGUGCCAAAACUAUUUGGGAAUAUGACUAAUUAUGUGGAAGCUGAAUUAGGAAAAAAGAAAACACUCAACUGUACUGCUAUACUGGAUGGCACGGAUGGUAGACUUUACUGGGAUUAUAUGGAAGAGAAUGAUACUAAUAUAAAUAUAAACAAAAUAAAUAGCAGCGAUUCAAAUGCCAUGACGCGUGUUUCCAGUUUAUUGGAGAUCAAAAUUGUCAAGGAAGAGAAUUUGAAUAUGUGGUAUAACUGUACCUUGUCAUCUCCUAGCAUCACCGAGACUAUAGCAUAUUUCUUGAAGAAGAAAGAAGGUCCUGCUGAUAUUUCCAGACACAUUUUUAUUAUUGCCCUUGUAUCUUCAGCUGCAGUCAUCUUCCUAGUGAUCAUGUGUGUCAUUUAUAGAGUUGAUAUACUUUUAUGUUACAGGGACUUUCUUAGAAGAGAUGAGACUUUACUAGAUGGAAAAGAAUACGAUGCAUUUGUGUCCUACCUGAAAGACUGCCAAUCUGAAAAUGGAGAAGAACACAAAUUUGCUCUUGAGAUUUUACCUGAAGCCUUGGAAAAACACUUUGGCUAUAAAUUGUGCAUAUUUGAAAGGGAUAUAAUUCCUGGAGGAGCUAUUGUUGAUGACAUCCAUUCAUUGAUUAACAAAAGCAGAAGGCUAAUCAUUGUCCUGAGUGAAAACUACAUGUCUAGUAAAGUCAAAUAUGAACUUGAAAGUGGACUCCAUGAAGCUCUUGUGGAAAGAAAAAUUAAAAUAAUCUUAAUCGAAUUCACACCUAUUCGUGACUUUACAUUUUUGCCACAAUCUUUGAAGCUGCUGAAAUCUCACAGGAUUUUAAAGUGGAAAGCAGAUAAGUCUCUCCCUUACAACUCAAGAUUCUGGAAGAAUCUUCGAUAUUUGAUGCCUGCCAAAAAUACCAAAAAUGUUUUUUCUUCAGAUCCCUUGGGAAAUGAAUUGUUGCCUGUUGUUUCAAAGUUUUAACCUUCAAAAUGGCUAAGUUGAGUGCUUGCUUAUAAAAACAUAUUAAGACUUUAUAACAAAUGACUUAAAUGAAAAUCACCUCACUUUCUUCCAGCAAACUGAAGAGUUUAUUUAAAAUAAAGCUUAUUUUGCCCCUUCAUCAUAUUGAGAGUAACCAAAUGAACUCUUUCCUCUCCCUUCUUCUGUUUUGCUCUAACCUCAAGUGUUGCUUCUAGUCUCCAAAAGGAGAUGCAUGUAUUUUUGUAGCAUGUUUUGUUUGCCUGAGUGCAAAAUUUUAAUUUUGAAUGAAUAAUAACCCCAUUGAAUCAAGUGGAUUCUAUUAAGAGAUAAAAAAGCAUUUCAUAAAGAUUGGGGUAGUUGCCUUCAUUCUCCCUGAGUAAUUGACUAUUUCUCUAGAGUACAUAUGCAAAAUACCUUGUUUACAUAUUUAUGGAAAUUUUAUUUAUAUAUUUAUAGACAUUUAUAAAUAUCUUAUUUAAAUUUUUAGCCAGAAGAAAGAAAUGGAGAGUGGGGAAAUGACAGGAGGCUUAUAAAGUUAAGGAAGGGCUUAACUUUCUGAAUGUACAUCUUGUUAGACUAGUAUUCACUUUACCACUAAUCUUAUUUUAUAUUGGGCUCUCACUAUUCCAAUGAAAUGUAUUCAUUUAAUUAACUAGGUCUAUCCUUAAAAAUCAGGCAGCUAUGUGGCACAGUGAAUAGGUCCUGAAGUCAGGAAGCCUCAUAUUUGUGAGUUCAAAUCUGGCCUCCGACUCUCUGGACAAGCCACAAUGCAUUUUGCUUCAGUUCUUCAUCUGUAAAAUGAUCUGGAGAAAGAAAUAGCAAACCUCUCUAACAUAUUUACCAAGAAAACUCCAAAUGGGACCACAAGGAGAGGGAUGUGACUGAAACGACUGAACAACAACAUGAGGUCCUGGAACUUGGAUCUGGUUUUCUGGAGUCAAUGGUGUGUAGAUGUCUUCAUUAACAAUGACUUUUAGAUCUAUUUUGGUGUCAGAAGUUCUUAAAGUGUUUUAUCCUGUUGUGGAUCAGUGACUGAACAACAUUAAAAUCCUUAGAAAUCUCUUAAAAGAUACAUAAGGACCUUGUCAUCUUUUUGUAUGGAAAGCAUGGAGAAUUAUGCUUUUUAUGAUUCAUAAUAAAAUAAAAACCAGGACCUUUUCA